UAAAACAGUAAAUGAUUCCAAUUUGUUUCAGUUAGCAUUAAUGAUUUCACGUGCUGAUGCAGCAGAUAGAUACGAAGUAUAUUUCUAAUUGAAUCCAGUAAUUAUCAUGGUGGGGUGUUUUGAUUAGCCAUACUAGAGGUUGAUAUAUUACUUAACAUUACUUAAUUAAUAUGGAAUUUUUUUAGUAUAAAUAGAUGAUAUUCGGAGUUAUAAUUCUUCAUCUCCAAUAUAAUCAAAGUAAUAUAUUAUAAAAAAAAAAAAAAAACAAAAAUCAUGGAGAAGCAAUCGAUUUCAUCCACUUCUAAGUUGGCUCUCUUAGCCUUUCUGUUUAUCACUAUCUCUGCUCCAAUAGCAAUGGGAAAAUUUCAAGCAGAAGGCGGUGUGAGUGAUGAGGCAAGACCUGAAGUCGAAAAGGUUAUGAUCAUUCAAGAAAUGAUGGAACAAGGAAAUAAGUUGGAUGAGCUACGUCGUCCUCAUCAACAACAACCUAAUAACAAUGUAAAUGCAAAUGCUUAUCACCAGCAACUCAUGACAAGUAGAAACCCAAAUGGACUGAAAGAAGCCAUGAUCGCUUACUCAAUCGCGCAACAAAUGGGGACACUCCAGUGUAUGGCUGCAGGUACUAGAGGCCGGUGUUUCAUGAACCUCCAGUGUUGUAAUUGGUACUGUGAACUCUUCUUUAACCAACCUUCACUUUGCCAUUAAACUAUCCCUCGAGUCGUCUUCGAUCUUGCACUUGGAAGUGAUUACAAAGGACCUAAUGCUAAGCUAGUGAUCUGAUGUUUUUGUUUUAAUUCAAUUAAGCUCCUGGCAGGCUGGCCUGGCCUGGCCUUGUUCUUUUACUUCUGUUUAGUUUGUGUUUUGUUUGAAUUAUGCAUAUGAAUAAAGGUCCUUGUUGUAUA